GCCAUUUUUUUUUCUUGAUGAAGACAUCCCCUAUCCCCAUGGAUUGUUUGAAUUCCUCCUCUAUUCACCGUCUCGUAAAGGUAAAUAGUCCAUGCCAUCCAUCCAGCACCAUAUCAACUAAAAUCCAUGUAGUUUUUACUAUGCAAAUCUUCGUAAAGACUUUGACUGGCAAGACCAUCACUUUGGAGGUCGAAAGGUAAAGAUUGAAAACCAAGCGUGUGAUAUGCUAAAAAAGUUACAAACAGCUCCGACACCAUUGACAAUGUCAAGCAAAAGAUCCAAGACAAGGAAGGUAUUCCCCCAGACCAACAACGUCUUAUCUUUGCUGGUAAGCAAUUGGAAGAUGGUCGUUCCUUGAGCGAUUACAACAUCCAAAAGGAAUCUACUC